UUCUUUUUGAGUGUUGCUGACGAGUCGCUGAUAACUAGGAGUAUUGUGGAAGUAACUUUAGCUAGCUGACGUUUAGAAUUUUAGAAAUGUCUAACGCAACACCCGUGACCAAGCCUUCAAACAAAGAAAACCCCCGUGUCUUCUUUGAUGUAGACAUUGGUGGUGAAAGAGCUGGCCGAAUCGUGUUCGAACUGUUUGCUGAUGUUGUCCCCAAAACCGCUGAAAACUUUCGAGCACUCUGUACUGGAGAGAAGGGAACUGGCAAAACCACAGGAAAACCACUCCAUUUCAAAGGAUGUCCUUUCCACAGGAUUAUCAAGCAGUUCAUGAUCCAGGGAGGAGAUUUCUCCAACCAGAACGGCACUGGAGGGGAGAGCAUCUAUGGGGAGAAGUUUGAAGAUGAGAACUUCCAUUACAAGCACGACAAAGAGGGCUUGCUGAGUAUGGCCAAUUCUGGACCCGCCACCAAUGGCUCCCAGUUCUUCAUCACCACUGUGCCCACUGCUCAUCUAGAUGGCAAACACGUUGUCUUUGGACAAGUCUUGAAGGGGUUAGGGCUGGUGAAAACACUGGAGGCCAUAGAGACUAACGAGGACACACCUCUCAAGCCCUGUGUAAUUGCCGAGUGUGGUGAGCAUAAACAUGGAGACAACUGGGGAGUAGCCCCGAACGACGGCUCAGGGGACACCCAUCCAGACUACCCAGAGGACGCCGACGUCGAUUUAAAAGAUGUUGACAAAGUCCUAUGUGUUGCUGAGGAUAUUAAGAAUAUUGGGAACAACUUUUUCAAGAACCAAGACUGGCAGUCUGCAAUCAAGAAGUACUCCAAAGCUCUCAGGUAUCUGGCAGUUGCCGGUGAUGAGCAGGAGAUUGAGAAAGCCCAGGCGAAGCUGGAGCCCACGGCGGUGAGCUGCAUUCUCAACACCGCUGCCUGUAAACUGAAGAUGCAGCUCUGGCAGGAAGCCAUGGACAGCUGUGACGAGGCACUGGAGUUGAACCAGAAAAACACUAAAGCUCUGUUCAGGAGGGCCCAGGCCUGGCAGGGACUGAAGGAGUACAGUAAAGCCAUGAGUGAUCUGAAGAAAGCUCAAGAAAUAGCACCAGAGGACAAAGCGAUUGGAAACGAGAUGAAGAGAGUCCAGUUGAAAGUGAAGGAGGAAAAGGAGAAAGAGAAGCAAAUCUAUGCAAAAAUGUUUGCAUGAAGAUCAGACAAUCAUUUGAUAAAGUCCACUCGCCAAUAAUGAGUUAUUUCUGUAAGGCAGCUAGCUACAAUCAGGUCCCAAUUGAAAACCACCACAGUAUAAUAUUGGCUGUUGAAAGUUAUUUGUGUGGCUGAAAAUUAAGUAUGGAGGACGCUUAACCCUGUCAGCAUUUUGUCUGAGUAUUUCACUGUAUUCAUUUAUUUGGAGUGUUAUGUCAAUGAUACUCAUGUUUACAAAGAACUACUGUAAUAUCCCUUUGUCUGAAUGUUUAAGAUAAGCCAUAAAAUUGUGGUUGGUUAGUUAAGACUCAUUCUGGAAUUUGCCUACUCCACCUGUAUGCGGUGCAAUUAAAUUCUACCUGAACAUUCAA